UACAAGGACGUCACGGUAAUUGGUGCAGAGUUGCUUGUGAGAUAAUUUUUCACCGAUAGUGUCAUUUCUGAAAGCAGCUACUGUACGGUUGGAAACUCAGCAGCUACUAGAAAGACUUCUUGUAAAUCUUUCAGAAGAAUAUAUUAAAUGAUUCAGAUAGGCAUACGACUGGUUUGUGAAAGGUGGCUGGAACUAUGUUAAGGAAAGAGUUGCAUUAUCUAUACCUGUUAUCAAUUUUUUGUUGGAAAUACUAAUUUAUUGAUCUCUACAUCAAAUCAAAUCGAUGGCAUACAAGUGUGAGUUCUACAUGUUUAUCAAGUCAGCCUCAGUUUCCAGAUCUGACGACUGAAGACAUCAUCGAAAGAUGGCUGCUUGACCUUGCAGCUAUAGACGUACUUUAAGACCACUUCGUUCAGUUCAGAUCUUUAAAGGUUUGCCCUUUCUUUCCAAAGUUUUCUUUUAUGGAUAUCGAUAUUAAACGCCGGUUAUCAUCAUCCCUUCCAUGUUGUUUAAUAUUCAUCCGUCCGCCGGAAAUAUAACUUUAAUUUCACCUACACAAAUUUGAAACCGAGAUAACAAGACCUGUCAUCAUUAAAACCUGUUUGAGGAAAGCGUCCUAGCGAAAAGAGUCAAAAGAGCGCCAGAAUCAAGGGCAAAGUGACGAAAUUAGCCGCUGAACCAUUCUAAUGGAUGGGACUUCCACAGUACCGGAGUCGAAAGGAUAUUGGAUCUGAAUUGGGAUCGACGAAUCAUUAUCACAUUGGUGGAAAGUUACACGGCUCAUAUCAGUAGUUGGCAGUGGAGCAGGACGGAUCUAGUUUAGCUAUUGUUCUUUUUAUUAUGGUUCCAUAGUGUCAUAGGGCGGAUGCUAUCUAAUGCAGAGACGACUGAUCUGAAUAAAUGCCUGUGUAAAUAUUGAGCUGUUAGACAGGAUGCUGUGUUGCAACACUAAGGGAAUUUACACCGAUGCUUACAUCAUUUUAACAAAUCGGUUUGGAUUUUCGUCACAUUGAGGACAAAUCAACAAUGAUUCACCGUACAUUUAUCUAUUCGUUGGAAACCAUUUGAUUUCAGUGAGACAGUAUACAGCGUCGUCAUUCGGGUUUUCUCAUCGACUUAAAGAUCACGUUUCUAUAUACAGUAUAUGCCAGUUCUAUCAAAUAUCAUAAGAGAGAAAGAGAGACUAGCUGCUGGAAAAUACUGCAUAACAGGAUGGUUGACGAUACAUCAAAGCGCAAAUGAGUCGGAAUAUUUUCUGUUAAAUAUUGUGUGUGAAUAAGAUAACUACUCAAGAAAGUAAAGAUGGAAAUCAGUUAUUAUAUCUUGGUGUUGCUUCAGCUUCUGUCGACGAUGAACUAUGGACUUGGAGCAUCGGGUGGAGGCACUCCGAUAAACGGUGUCGACAUGGAAUGGCAAGAAAUCGUGUCGACGCACCUUUGCCCAUUGAUUGCCUGUGAGGGUUGGUGUGAUUGUAGCGAGGUGGAAUCUAACUUUAUAUUUGCCAAUACGACUGUCGAUGAUGCUUCUCCUGAGUGCUGGAAUAAAAGUUUCUCCGAAGACGGCAAAUUAAGACGUUACACCGACUGCGACCCGGUGGUACUAGACUCAGGUUAUUUCAGAUGGUGGCCCCCGAGUGGAGGUGCUCUCGUUCAAGGAAAGGAUUGUUUGCCGUAUGCGAUGGCGGGAGCACUUCUGGAGCGAGUCAGAGGCGGUGGCAAUGGACUCUACUGGAAAGUGUGUCUCACUGACGACCAAUGUCUAAAUGUCACCGAACUAUGUACGUCUCCACCUCAAGGAGAUAGCUGCAGUAUAUGUAACAGGGGUACCAACACGGCAACGAGUGUCCCAACGCCUCGUCUACCGGGCGAAGGAACUCUUACCACAUCGUCAUCCGGUCCACCCGUACCUAGCGGUCUUCCACCCGAUUCUGGAAAUACAGGAAACUUUACAGGACCCGGACUUAUUCCAGGAGAGCUGAGAACAUUCAUAAUCGGAGUUGGUGUUGGUGUAGGUGUAGCUGUGUUAUCUUUUAUCUUGGUUUGCUGCUUAGUCAUUUACAUCCGCCGGAAGAUGAACAGGAAUAGCCAUCAAGAUCAACAAACAGACAGAUCGGACUACCCGCCAGUGGACAGCAACCAUUACAGUACCAUUGAAAGACUUCCCCAUCACGGUAAUGGUAGACCUGUGUUUACGAUAUCUCCUCAAUCAUCGGUUGAAUCGGGAAGUCCCAAAACAAAGAAGAAAACGAAAAAGAAGAGCAAGAAGCCAUUGACGUCAUCAAACGAUCUGAAGCUUGAACCAGUAACAACUGGUCCCUACGCGGAGUAUUACCAUGACAGAUCAACGUCAAGCUAUGCUGGCUUACAACUGGUGCAAAGUGACUCUGCACUACUAUCACGAGGGAACCACACAUCAGCCUCAUUCAACAUAUUUGCAGAAUACCAGGAGCCCAUUGUGCCUAAAUCUGUAAAUAGACCUAUGUGCAUGUUCGACGACAAACGAAUGAGCACGUCUUCUUCUUUUAAUUCGUUUAAACUGCCAGGUGAAUAUAUUGAUCCAGUAGAUCUUAGUGGACCAAAGAAACCUACAGUUGAUGAUAAAGACAAAGAACCUGCCAUAAAUGGUGGCAGCGGUGAGAUGUCUCCGGAACAUGUUACGUCCAAACACUUUAAGCAAAGGAGUGACGAAAACACAACAUCUUCAUCCAUGUGGCAGGGCAAGCUAAAAGGCAAGCAGAAGAAGGUAGAGGCAUCAGCUUCUUGCAAGGAAUCGAGCAGCAAACAAAGUCCUAGUCCACCCGACGGUGCCAAAGAUGGAGCUUUAUUUCAAGAAUUGGUAGCAACACUAAGUAAGAAAAAGAAGCCUGUGUCGAAGUCGGAAUCUACUCCACUUGAAAUCGAAGGUGAGAAUCCGUAUGCGGAGGUUGGCGAAGCCUUCUUUUCGAACGAAUCCCCAAGGAUAUCACGCCAACGCAGUCACAGUCAACCAAUGGUUUCUACCCUUUCUGGAUAUCGUACCUACGAAGAAAUCAAACCAACGGGUUAUCACGCAAAGAACACAGAUGACCAAACAGACUUAAGUGUUUUCCCUGAUGCUAAUCCAUAUUUUGAGUUGGAGGAUCCAAAUGCAUCAAGGAAUCACUACUUUGAGCUGGAAAAUUUGAAUGAGGAAACCAACAACAAGCAAUAUUUUGAGAAACCUAGUAGUUUGCCUCCAGACACCAAGAAGAGAAAGAAGCGUGAUGAGCAGAAAUCAUACCACGAUCAACAUGAAAAAACAGCUACAAUCUAUAAAAAUGAUAAAUGUGCAAUCAGUGGCUCCGUGUUUAGACACAACCACUUUGAUGUAUGUGUUGACAAUGACUCCACCAUGAGUCAUUUAAAUGGUGCGGCCUCAAAGACACCUACAUAUUUUCAGUUGGAGACCCCUCGAGAGAGGUCGAGUCUAGGAUCUAUGGCCCAGGACUAUAUGAGCUCGUCAGAAAACGAGUUUGGUAAUGACCGGAAUAGCCGAGCAGAAGGAACAUUAACCUUCUAUCCAGGAGGGAGGAAAAGAUCCUCGACGUAUAGUUUGGAAGAACAAGCAUAUGACAAACUCAACCGCAGUGCAAGGAGUAGUCGUGUCAGCAACAGAAGAAGUAUGAUAAAUACCAGUACCCCUACAGCGCCUGAUGGUCCUUACUCAUGUAUCUCUCCAAGUGAAGAAUAUAAUCAACUCUCAAGGCCCUCAACGUCCAAAACCAAGAGCAUGAAGAAAAAAUGAAUCAAGGAGGAAAAAAGACUCUAGAAUAGGCAAUUCAGAUUUGGAAUGACCCUCGAAAUGAAAAAAAAAGAUGUAGUGGUUCAGUUACUGUCAAAAACACUCCACGGGGAUAAUGUUUUUUUUUUCUUCCAACUGCAACAUAUCGCUGAUACCAAUAGAAUGAUUGGUGGUAACCUAAAAAUCUAGUUUAUGAGUACAUUUGGUUUUUGGAAAAUUUAAAAAGCAGGCCUACAGAAAGUGAAUGAAUAAAAAAAGUAGAAUGAACAGGGUACAAAUGAUAGAAACACAGUGUUAUACAUCACAGUGCAGUAAACAAUAACAUAUUGAUUAAAAAGUGUUGGACUAGAUGUUGAUAUAAUUCAAUUCAGAUUACAUUUGCAGCUUCCUGUACAUGGUAUACUAUUUAAAGAGUAUCCCAAGUCCCUGAUUAAUGUUAAAGUGUACCAAUCACCUAAAAAGAUAAUUUGUGCGCAGCUAGAAUUUAUAAAAUCGAUCUAUAAAAUACCUCACCUGAAGUUCUAUGGGCUAAUGGAUAAGGAGUAUGAAGAAAAUAAAGAAUAACAUGGAACCGUGCACUUUCAGCCCCCUGUUUUUUUGCGAGCGCAUAUGCCAUGUCAAGUAGUUUAUUUACAAGUCACUUUUAUGGUAUUUAAGAGUGUAUUUAAACGUGCAAACUGUAUCUAUAGAAGUAAUGUUUGAAAGUAAUUAACAGAACAAAAUAUAUUUUGGUGAUUGGUACACUUUUAAAUAUUCUUGUAAUGCAAUCUUAAAUUUGUAAGACUGUACUGGCAAUAUUAUCACAUUCAAUAUAAAAUCCAUGUAGUUUGGAACUCAUUACAAACAAACAAAAACAAAUCAUGUUUAUAUACAAUGUCUUCGAUUUAUGACUAUUGUACGGAAGAUUGUCAUUCAUAUGCGUUAUUGCUUAUAUCCCUUUCUGCCAGUUGAUCACUUUUUUGGUUGAAGAUGGAAAUUAGAAGUUACAAUAUAAUAUUUGUAUACCUGUGUUACAAUACCGUCAUUCUUUAUGAAAGUGAUGGUUUGACUGUUAAUCAAAAUGCUCAAUUUCAUAUGCUAUGGAUAUGGAAAUGGUUUGUUAUAUUAUGAGGGUAUUUUAUACUUAAAGGGGAAGCGUACCCUGAUAUUAAUUUGGUUUUUAUAGAAAAAAAUAGAGAAACAGGGCAGUGAGGGUUUGAGCAAAAGAACCGAUUAAACCUAAGAAAGUUAUGAAUUUUUGAAGGUGCAAUCAAUAAAACAUAAAUUGCGAGCUCCUUCCCACAUGCCCUAUACUUAAAACCUUGACAAAACCUAAAUGUUAUUGUUUUGAUCAUACUUCCAUCCUUAAUAUAAUUAUUGCGAAUCUAUUCCGUCAUCAAUAACUAAGAAAAUGAAAGUUUAUGAAAUUUUCUGUACAGAGCAAUUUGUGAAGGAGCUCGCAAAAUACGUCAGUGUUGCCGAUUUGUGUUUCACUGAUGUCAACUUAAAACAUUACUAACUUUCCUAAUUUGUUUCUCUCAUUUUUCAGCUUUUAUUGAAACCAAUUUAAUUUCAGGGUGGGCUUCCCUUUAAUCAUUGAAUUCCAAAAACAUAUUUGAGGAUCAGUAUCUUGUAAAACCUUCCGGUAUAGUUCACUAUUCAAUGAUUGGUAUUUUUUAAUGUGGAUUCAUGCAGAUCUCAUGAAUAAUGAUGAUUUUUGAAAGAAAGCUUUUGUUUUAAAGAGAUUUGAUCACUGAUAAAAUUGUAUUCCUUAAAUUAGCAACAUAAUGAGAACCCGUUAAAAAAUAAGAAUUCCAAAAUGCACACGAAAUGUCACAAUCUCUAUUUUUCACAUAUUUAUAUUUUUACAAGUAUAAAGUAUAAAAUAAGUUUACAAUUUUUAGGGUAUUAAUAUUAUAGUGUAUAUAAGUUGUGUUAUACUGUAAAGUUGUAUAGAAAUGACAAUAUUGUGUUAACUUUAUGAACAGAAAAAAAAAUAUUGACAUGUUACUGUUCAUCUAACUCUCUGCUGCUCCCAAUGUUUAUUGAAGGAAGACACUGCCAUUUUAUUCUAGAAUUGUUCAAUUUGAUUAUGAAUUCAGAACUUUCAUUUGAGUUUUUAAUAUUUAACCUAACUUGAAGGUGAAUUAUCCUUUAGAUUGUAUGCCUUAAAUAUGUACAUUAGACAACCACAUCCUCUUGUCAUAAUAAAUAUUGUGACUUGUGUAGCACUCACAUCCCUUUCCUGGAUUUAUCUAGGAAUUACAAGCAGUUAAUACUGGAAAAACCCAUUCUACAACAUGAAAUACCAUAAAUAAUCAAAUCCAUAAACAUUACGAAUAACAAGAGGUAUUUGUUUCAUAAAGAGCAUUUAAUCUGUAAAUAACUAUGGCUACUCAGUACUUUUAUGCAUAGAUGUGUAUAUAAAUGAUUCAUGUUUAGACAAUCUUGCAAAAUAUAUUACUGUACAAUUCUACGAUGUAAAAUAUCUUUAUCACUAUUGUGUAACUUAUAUAUUGCACCGACUGCCACCAAAAAAAAAUAUGCAUGGCGAUGUAUUGAAAUGGACCUACUACGAAAGUAGGUCCAUGGUAUUACAAAGAAACUAAGCAGCUUUUUCACAAGUCAUAAUAAAAUUGAAUUGCUGUUUCAAUAAAUAUGUGCAAAAUUA